AUCGCCUGGUUAUCAAUUCCAGCAAUUUCCAAGCCCCUACCACCGAAUAUCCCUCUAUAAAAACCAACGGCGAGUGACUGACUUCAUUGACGCAAAAGAUUUUGACACAUCGUGUUGUACCCCUGUGUUGUCAUUUUGUGGACAGACAGAGAACUUCGAUCAUCACAAUUUCACGGGGUAGUCAGGAUUCGGGGAUCUUAAAAGUUAUAAAGUAAGCAGAAAAUGGCUGGAAUGGUGAAUUUCAAGGUUUACUUGAGCUCUGAGGACAAGGUACAACAAGAAGUCCGACGAUUUGGAGUUGAUGUCGACGUUGUGUCAAAUUUUCUGUACUUCAGGGAGAAAUUGCAAAACAUUUUCCCGAGUAUCAGGGGCAGACAUUUCACCAUCUCUUGGAAAGACGAAGAUGGUGAUGAUGUGAUAAUCUCGAGUGACGAGGAGCUUCAGAUAGCCCUGGACGAGACACCCCCCUUGAGCCUUCGCAAGUUCUACCUGACCCUCUACUCUGAGUACGAAAAAUCUGACGAUCACCAGCAGCCGGACGUCUCCCCCAAGGAAUUGGCAUGCCACGCUGGAAUAGUUUGUGACGGAUGUGAAAAACCCGUUCAGGGAUUUCGUUACAAGUGUCUUCAGUGCCCUGAUUACGAUCUCUGUUCGAGAUGCGAGGCGAAAGGGGUCCACGAGGAGCACUGCAUGCUCCGUCUCAAUUUUCCCGUGCAAUGGAAGUCCCAUUAUGGCAGGCGUCUAGCUCACCACAUGAAUCGUUUUGUUCGCAAAACCACUCAUAAUGGUGUUCCGUUCUGCACCCGAGACUCUGAGGACACCCCGAGAUGUCCUUUCAGCAAGAAAAAUAAGAACGAGAAACCAGGAAAGGACAGCAAGUGCCACGCAAAACGUCGCGGUAAAUGCCAGGGCAAUGGGAAUGAGGAGAAAUCCUGGUUGGAUACAUUCACUGUUUACUUGAAUGAUUACGCAAAUCUACCGGAGGAGUGUCCUAUGAAAGAAAAUCCUGCGAGCAAUGACAAGCCUGAGCAAUCUACUGAUGACAACAAGGAAACUAAAAAAUCGGAUUCUCACGUCGAGCUGCUGAAGGUAAUCGGGGAGAAUCUCACUCAGUUCCUCGAUCCUCUCGGUGUCCUCAUGAAUCUCCACAUGAAGGGCAAUGAUAACGUCGGUAAGAGCUCUGCUAGUGCUCCAACAAACCCCAGUGCUCCUAUUUCUGAGGGGUGUAUCUCUUCAACCAGUUCAGAUUCCGAUGUGAGGAGGGAAAAUACGGAGGAGAAGGAGAAUCUGGAGGAAAAAUCGGGGCAGAAUAGUCCUAAGGAGAAGUCUCCAUCUCCUGCAAUGUCGAUAUCUGGUGAUGGAGCUACUGGUGGGGAAAAAACUGAUGUGGGAGGAUGGACCAUCAUUCCACCGACAAAUGGAGCCAUCCCAAAAACUGUGGCACCACCAUCAGCUCCUGUUGUCGAAGAGAAGGCAGCGCAGCCAAUUUAUCCAAAGCUUCCCCAGCCCGAGGAGAAGCCCUCGAAAAUAAUCUAUCAUCCAAAUCCAACCAUCCAGAAUUCUGUCGAAGCUAUGAUGCAAAUGGGGUUCUCCAACGAGGGGGACUGGCUGACCAAUCUUCUCAUUUCCAUGAACGGAGACAUCCCGAAGGCUCUCGAUGCCCUCCAACCCGGUCGCCGCAAUUAAAUGUCUACUAACCACUAUAUUGUACGCACGAUAGGAUUUUUCUUGAGUGUAGAGUUUUAUUCGGUUUCGGGAUUUGAAAUAAAUAAAUAAAUAAUCAAAUAAAAUAA